GCACUGCUUGCAGCUACUGGUGGUCCAGUCAACUGGGAUGUGGACGAAUAACGGCAUCUGGCGUGUCCUCUUUCGAAAGGAAAUCGCAAGAUAUUUUUCGUUUUAUUUGUGAUUUUACGCUUAUUUUCAGUACGGGGCCUGUCGUAACCUGACUUCUUUAAACGAUUCUGACUUAAAUCUGUAAAAGCAUCAAGCUAGCACAACAGGACUGAAAAGGCAAGCUAACGCUAGCUAGCCGUAGUUAGCCUCCAGCUACCUUCACCAAGGAGGAAAAUGUGUUGUUAAAGUGGCAAUACAGAGAUUGGACUAUGUCAUAUUAGCUACUUCUCUUCAAAACGAGUGUAACCGCCUGGAAAUGAGCUAAAUUGAUGUUUGGAACCAAAACUGUGCCGCAGACCAGACAACUGCAGAGGAGAUGAGUCAGCUUUGGCGGGACGUUCCCCUGUCAAAGAGGCUGGUUAAUGAUUCUCCAGCAGGCCUUGCACCCAGGGGCCCUGCCACCAUGGCCCCCCGGGGGUCCAACUCCUCCUGGAUACCGGAAGCCCCCGUGGUCACGCCGGAUCAGCCUAUUUUCCUCAUGACCUCCACUGCCCAAACCAUAUCAGGGUUUUUUGUUUGGACGGCGCUGCUCAUCACCUGUCACCAGAUCUACAUGCACCUACGUUACUACAGCUCUCCAAAUGAGCAGCGCCACAUAGUGAGGAUUCUCUUCAUAGUCCCCAUCUACGCCUUCGACUCCUGGCUCAGCCUUCUCUUCUUCACCAAUGAGGAGUACUACGUGUACUUUGACACAGUUCGAGACUGUUACGAAGCCUUCGUCAUCUACAACUUCCUCAGCCUGUGCUAUGAAUAUCUGGGAGGCGAGAGCGCCAUCAUGGCUGAAAUCAGAGGCAAACCCAUCGAGUCCAGCUGUGUGUACGGGACAUGCUGUCUGUGGGGGAAGACCUACUCCAUUGGCUUCCUCAGGUUCUGCAAACAGGCCACUCUGCAGUUCUGUGUGGUCAAACCGCUGAUGGCCGUCAUCACCGUCAUUCUUCAAGCCUUUGGGAAAUACAAAGACGGCGAUUUCAACGUGGCCAGCGGCUACCUGUACGUGACCAUCAUCUACAACAUCUCCGUCAGCCUGUCGCUCUACGCCCUUUUCCUCUUCUACUUUGCCACAAGAGAGCUCCUCGUGCCCUACAGUCCCGUGCUCAAGUUCUUCAUGGUCAAGUCUGUCAUCUUCUUGUCGUUCUGGCAAGGAAUGCUCUUGGCCAUCCUGGAGAUGUGCGGCGCCAUUCCGCAGAUAAACUCUGCCGACAUUUCAGUGGGCGAGGGGACCGUUGCCGCUGGUUACCAGAACUUCAUCAUCUGCAUCGAGAUGUUCUUUGCUGCUGUGGCUCUACGCCACGCCUUCACCUACAAGGUCUACAUGGACAAAAGACUGGAUUCCUACGGCUCGUUUCCAAUCUAUGGACAGUACGGCCGCUGUGCCCCAAUGAAAAGCAUCUCCAGCAGCCUGAAGGAGACCAUGAAUCCAGGCGACAUGGUCCAGGACGCCAUCCAUAACUUCUCCCCCGCCUACCAGCAGUACACCCAGCAGUCCACCCUGGAGAGAGGCGGGGGGCCACCGCUCUCCCGCAGCCACAGUAACCUCAGCACCAGGGGGGACAACGAGAAGACGCUGCUGCUCAGCUCUGACGACGAGUUCUGAAACGUGAACCCUUCGCUCCGGUAGCCCUUAUUUGAUCAGCCAUGGCAGACAAGUCACACGCUAACGUUGUUUAGCUGAGAUUCUUAUGUGAUGGUGAGAGGUCAAAUAUACGGCAUCUCAUAAAAGUGAGUACACUGACAUUUCAGCAGCCAUUUUUAUUACAGUAUAUCAUCUCAAGGGAUGAUACUACAAUAAAGUACAAUAAAGUAUAUAUGAUUUGUGCUAAAAUCAAGUAUAUCCUUGUUCCAUUGCUUUAGUCUCGUACCUUGAGAAGAUAUAAUAAAAUGGUUGCUGAAUGGUGAGGGCUUCACUGGCUUUUUAGAGGGUAGUGUAGUUCAGGGACGAGCUGAGAUGUUUAUAUAAUACGCUCAUUAGGCGGUACAGUUGUGACUCGUAUUAACGUCCUAGAGGCCUAUCCGUAUUGACAUAUUGUGUCCGAUCCGCUAUAUGGCUCACGUAUAGCUCCGCAUUGCUGCACUUUAAACCUUCUGAGAUAAAGCUAGAUGAUAAGUAUACGUAGAGCCGGAGCGUCAGUGCCAUCAUCUUUUGACUUUUGGUGGCUUUGUCGAUUCUAUAUUUGAACUUGUGCCGAAAACCUUGCCAAAUAGUUUAGACCAGAUUCCGAUUCAAGUGAGUCGCGGCUUUAUUUUAAUAUAAAAUUUAUGGUAAUUGUUAUAGGCUAUUGGAAUUACGUUGGAAUGCCGUUGAUGGUAUUCUCGGCCAUGUUUUGCAGUUGCCUUGUAUGCAAUAUCCAGAGAAAUAAUAGCGUGACUCAAUGACGUCUGCGGAGCGCCAAAGGGAACCGAUUUGGGAGAGAUUUGAGUGUGCCAGUAAGAUUGAUAGAAGGACAACGCCCACACGGCUUACCGAAGCUGCACGGCUGCCCAGCUGUGGUGCGCUCCCAACUGUAAUCCCACAAUUAAGGUCAUUGCAUGCAACCCACAUCCAGCCUGCCUUGGCCCCCCCGUUUGCUAAGGUAGCGCCGCCACGGUCAGAAAAAGACAAGAGGUGGGUUCAGACAGACAAAUCAGCUUAUGCGAGGCAUGGCAGAGAGUAAAGAUGACUGAAAAAAAAUCUUCUGUUAACAAGGUGAUGUUCAAUUUGUGUUUUACAGCAGCCGGUGUAGAUGUCGCUUGUGGUUGUAAUCUUACAUGUUGGAUGGUGGGAACGCUGCAGUCUACGCACCCGACGUCGUCGCCUCCUAAUGAGCGUUAGUGUUGUGGGGAAUGCAAGCUGUAAUGCAAUUGUAAAGCAAAGUCCAGUCCAUGUACAGCGAGUAUUGAAUGUAGACCAAAAAAAAAAAAAAAAACAGAUACAGAUUCAGAACCGAUGUGGACCCCGUGGGUGCAAACGUUUAUUCCAAUUCUGAUCACAAAUCCAAAAAAACAUUUUCAAACCACCACCUGCCCAUAAUUUGUUAUUCAAGCUUUUAUAGCCUCUUUAGUGCUCUUUAACCAUCUUUAAAAACUUAAGAAGUUAGAUUCAGGUGGAAUUGGAUUUUUUUUUUUUUUUAAUUGAAGAGAUUGUUGUAAAUACAGUUUAAGCACUGAAAAAUAUUCAAGACGACGACUUCAAAUGGCAUUGCUGCAUAUCGUGCUUUGUUUUAAUAUUUUCAUUUUUAUAUAUCCCUGCUGUUGUAUACAUUCUUAUUUGGAUAUUUCUCAUGUUAUGUAAUAUGUUUAUGCAGUUGGGUUCUGUUAGUGUUGAAAAUGAAAUAAAAGUCAAAGUAUG